AUGCUUAUGGCAAGCCGUGAUAGCGGAUUUGAUUUAGAUGGCAAUGUCGAGAAGAUAGAGAUAGAUCACCUGGCGCCGGUUUACGAUGCGUCAGGUAAUAGAAUGAAGUUCAAGGGGGCAGUUAGGCUCGCUAUCGAGCUAGAAGACGGUGUGAAGCAGAAAAUAGCACUGUUUGUGAUAGCGAGAGCGGAUGGCAUGAUCGUCCUAGGUACGAAUACAUUGGCAAAGUUGGGAUUCUCCGUGGCCAACACGAGAGGCGGUGUUAAAGACGAGGAGACGGAGACAGAUGACUCUGCUGGCCUCCAACGACCGCCUGAAUCUGAGAUUUCGCUGCAGUUGCGGUCUAUUCGGUCAAAUGGCGCAUAUAGCGAUACCUGGUUUCAUCCGCUUGCAAGGGCCAAGACAGUGAACGACAUAUUUGAACUGGCUAAUAUCGCGAGCAUCUCCGAGCAGGAAUCGAUGGACGCUCAUCGACGUCGAUGUCCUUUGUAUGCCAAAAGAGAGGAGGCAAGGGGAAUGAAGUACGACCACCCCACAAUCUACCCAUGGCCAUGCGAAUAUCCCAUAGGGGACAUCCUAGCGGGAGCCAUCAUGAUGUUGGGUCAGAUCGAGAUGCCGCUGUUGAACCAUCACAUGGAUCACCAUACGUUCAUUGCACUCCCACCUUCGUUCGUAAGAUUGGAUUCUGAAAUGGCUACGAGGAUAACGUUAUCUUAUAUGUUUAUCGAGACUUCGGAACUCUUGCCAACAAGCUGUUGA